GGUAUAUUCAUAAUCCUUGAACAAGGUCAUGGACAAGAGACAAAGGAGUAAUCUCAAUAAAGAAAAGCAUAUAUCCACUGGGAAUGAUUCUGGCAGUAAUUACUGGUGCAAAGAGAAAUCUGGAAGAGAAAAGUACGCAGAUGACUUCAGGAAGCCCUCCCUCAACAAGCACAAGGAGCUCCUCUACAUGGCAAACGAGGUUUCCAGACUAGUCAGGGUGAAAGAGAUUAAGUCUGUUAAGAAAUUAGCUGAUGAUGAAUUUUAUAUUGGAAUUUUUGAGAAAGAAUUUAAUGAAAUUGAUUUCCAUGAUCUCAAAGGAGCUCAGUCUCUCGAACAGAAGGCUGAAAAUUUACAAAUUAUGAUUGAUUUCCUUGGCAAUGCAGUUUAUGAGAUGGACCUUAGCCACAUUGAACCCUCUGAAAUUCUAGAUAGGAAUUAUGAUCAUAUUCAUAGAUUCGUUAAACUAUUAUAUGAGUGGUCUGUGACUCAAGCUGGGGCUCCUAGCUCAAAGCCUUUGAAGAAGAUUAUCAGCAUUGGAAAUUCUGGCACAAUGCCAACUGUUGAUACAUAUGAAAACAUCAAAAAUCAAACAGAUGAUAAUGAUGAAAUCAUUAACUUUUAUCAUAAAAGGCGACCUGAUCUUGCAAUUGAAACAGGACCUCAAGGGACUUCCAAGUUUAGGAUUUUGAGUAAUGAUAAAUGUGAAAAUAAUGAAAUCUUUCAAAACAUUGCUAAGACUUCUGAGACUCCAACAAUUAGAUCCUCCCUCACAGCUUCGGCGAAUACUACGAUUUUAGGAGGAGCAGUUGAUCAUGAGGAGAAAGCCCAUCAUUGAGAUAUUUUCGAUAUGAACCAGGCAAGCGAAAGUUCUUAUGAAAAAUCUCUAGAAAAAGGAGUUAUUAGAGAUCAAUUUCAAAAUGUUGGUCAACUUGAGAUCAUUCCUGAGAUCAACCUAGACCAAGAAGACACCUUUGCUACUAUUAUUCGGGUAGUUGAAGAGAGUAAACGAAAACCAAUCAAAAAUUCAAGAGUUCAAUCAUUUUCUCCUGUAAACAAGGGGAAGGACUCGUUUGGGCUCUACUAUGACCAGCAAUCCCCAGACUCCUCUGAAAACCGGGUUCGCCACAAGCCGGGGACAUACUUCUCUAAAAAGAAUCUGAAAAACUAUACGGUGAAAGAUGUAAGCAAGGACAAUAAAAUGAAGAACUCAGUUCCGGUUUAUAAUCCAAGUACUAUCACUUUGUCCUCAAGUGGAUCCAAGGGUGUCCUAACCACAUCUAAUUUUUCAAAUAAUGACAAAAUAAAGGAUUCAAAUACAAAGAAAAAGUCUCAAGUAAUGAAGUGGAGCUCUUCGCAGAUAAAAUACAAAGGUAAAAAGGGAAAUGACUCCAGCAUAAAAUCUCCUCAUUCAAAGUUUUCAACUAAUUACGCUACUAAAAGGCCGAAGUCAGCGAAAGGGGGAGCAACAGGGUCCAAGCAGGAGUACACUUACAAGUAUUCUUAUAACAAAGGAAGUGGUAAUAACAAGCAUAUUUCCUCAUCCAAGAAGCGGAACGAUACUUCUUCUCAGCUCAGGAAGAACCAAGGGAUUAAGGAUAUGACUUCAAAGCAGAAGAAAGAGUAUAUGACCUCUUCUUACAGGAAGUCUCAUAUUUCUGGGACUCAUAAGAAGUACUCGAAGACCUCUCGUGGAGGUAAAAAGUCUAACUCUAGUAGCUCUCGGCUACUCGAUCAAGGGAGUAAUACUUGAAGUACGUCGAAGUUUACGACUAAGGCUCACAAGCAGUCUUAUAAUUCUAUAAUGACGAUGCUGAUGAACAAGGAGCAGGAUAUGUUCCGGACUACUAAUGAUGCCAAGACGCUUAAGUAUAAGGCAGCCAAGGAUCAGGGCUACCAUCUUAAGAGUUCGAGCGGCAGCUCGAACUCUAAGCUAUUUAGCUCUUCUUCUCGAAAAGCUUUGGAUUCGCACGGCUAUAAGACAACUAAGGAUUCGAAGAACUACAAAAAGUCAACCGUGACUGUGUACCACAGUAAGGGAGCUGGACAGGAGGUGAAGAAGGAGUUGGAAGAUUACUUGAAAACUACCAGGAACCAUAGCAGUCGGAAUUACGCAAGCCAUAAUUCCAAUGCUCAUGUGGUAAAAACAUAUCAUAAAUAACUUAACUUAAAGCUCUCGUGACAAAAAGAACACGAAGUGGUGUAU